AUGCGGAACUCAGGCGCCAAAGACAUAUUGGUUUCCGAGAUUCUCGUCAUCUUCGCAAUCGCCCUCGUCGCCGCCCGUCUCAACCUCCGACUACGAGUCCAGAAACGAAACCUGUUAGUUAGCGACAAGUUCAUGAUAGCAGCAUGUAUAUCUGGUAUCAUCACCGCUGGGUUUGUUCCUGCAUUUGCGUCGCUCGAUGCAUUUGAUCCGAAGGUGCAUACUACGCUGCAAGGAUAUAGCCGAGGCGUGGAGGAUUUGAAAUUGAUAUUGAUGCUGCUGUUUACUUCUAACUUUCCGUUUUACACGACAUUCUACCUUUGCAAAGCUGCUCUGCUGGCAGUUUACCUCCAGGCUUUCCCGGAUUAUAUGGUCAAGAGACGAAUGUUUCUCUGGUUGACGAUUUGGUUUGUUGCCAUUAGCUACGUUGUCACGCUACUGGUGAUUUUCUGCAUUUGCGUACCUCUCGAUCGACACUGGGACUUGAACCCGAAUAGGACGUGUUCACCACGUACAUACGUUAUUACCUUCAACGUUGGCUGGGGACUAUCGUUCAUGGGAGAUCUAUUGGUGUUCAUUCUUCCUUGGCUCAUUGUACCGGCGAUGAAUGUCAAAAGAAAGCUGAGACUCGGUAUCUACUUCACGUUUCUGGUUGGCAGCAUCAACAUGGCCGUCAGUCUCGUUCGAUUCGUGAUGAUCUGGAAGGCUGGAGCCGAUUCGACAAUAUCUCUAAGUACAAUCAUACUCUGGAGUGCCCUGGACGUCAACAUCGGUCUCGUCAUCGCAUGCCUCCCAUCUCUGCGCCCAUAUUUCGGAUCAAGGGACAAAUCCGACUACCUACGGCGUGAGGUUAGAUGUGAAGAGCCCUCUGGGAAACGAUGGACUUUUGGAGAGAGAGCUGUUCACUUGCACAGUAAACAGCAUGAUGAAGAGGGAUCGCCGUCAUCGUCUAGUGGGAGAAGUAACGUGAGGGGUUCUGUCGACUGUACUGAGAUGGAGCGGUGGGAAGAUAGGAAGAGGAGUAAUGCUACUGAUGCUAGCGACACUGGGUUAGUUCAUAUCAGACUCCCAGAUGUAGACAGGAUAGGGGUAGGGGAGGUUAGGAUACAGACAUGA